UUCUGGAAUCGUCUUGUGUGUAGGGAUGGAGUUAAGGAUUCUGUGGCUGGUUGAAAGUAAAAGAACCAGAAUGGGGCCAUGAGUUUCUGGAACCUUCAGCUGCCAGGAUGGAUACACUCUACGUCUGUUCGCACACACAUCAGCCACACCACCACACACACACGGAGCAACCACACCAACCCACGCACAACCUGCAUCAGGCCAACGUUUGCUUUCAGUAGGCCAGUUUGGAUUUUAUUUUGGCCACUGUUUGAAAUUUUGGCCAGAAUUGCAAAAAAUCUGGACAACAAAGAAUCUUCAGAUCUAUGCCAAAAAUAUAUCUCCGGUCAUCAUAUUGCAGUCAGGAAUUACGUUUUUAAACCACCCCAGCUAAUUCUUCUAGACAAGGGAAGAUUCUCUCUCAUCUGCCCUCGCCGCUUCGUCGUUUUCUUGGAGUUUUUAAUUCGUUUUCUUGUUCUCUGUUCAAAUCUUCUCUCCACAUUCGGCAACUGGUCUGUGAUCGUGCUGACCCCCCUUGCUGGUCUGGUAGUGAUGGGAAACGAGGGCAGCGCGCCAUCGUCUGAAGAAAGCACCCCCAUCUCGGAGUGUCCAUCCAUCUACUCCAUCCACUCCAGGGUCAGGUCCUCUGUGGAGAGCACCCGCGCCCCCUCCCCCAUGGAGGCCCCGGAGCCGGACCUGAGCCACCUGACGGCCGAGGAGAUUGCGCAAAUCCGGAGCGUGAUGGAGAGGGCGAGAAACUUGCAGCAGGACGAGGCGUCGCGUGCUAGGAAACUGGAAGAGGACUACGUCGACUUGGCCACCAAGGUCCCCAGGAAGCCGUCCCUGACUGAGCAGGGGGAGACCAUCGCUCUGUGUCCAGUCUGCAAUAGGGCUGAGCUGCUGCUCAACCGGGACGGCACGGGCUCCAGCAUGACGGUGUGUGUGGACUGUGAGAAGCGGACCUGCCCCGACUGUGGGGGCUACAAGACCGCCCUGCCCACCAAGAUCCAGGAGUGGGUGUGUGUGGUGUGUGAGAAAAGGCGUCGCCUGAUGAUGUCGACCGGCAUGUGGUACCACGGCUACCACCCAGAGGCGGAGCUGCCCCUGGAGAAGCAAAUCACAGGGGGGUCGGGCAGCCAGCUCCAUGAGAAGCGUGACAACCAACUUACCUCCAGCAUGGACGCGUCCAUGGUAUCCAACGCCUCGUACGCUUCAAGUAGAGAUAGCAGAGGGAGUCGGGAGUCCAGGGAGGACAGCGAGCCCACGAGCGAGGGCCGGGAGAGCCGCGAGGGGUCGAGGUGUGGGGGAGACAGCGGCCUAGGGAUGGGUCUCAGCAUGGACCUCAGCAGCCUAUCCCUGGCCUCCAGCCAAAACUCAGAGUUUGCCCGACACGUGUACGAGCAGAACAAGAUGAAAGGUCCUGGUGCCAGCCUGCCCAAAAGCGAGUCCGACGAGUUCUCCGAUCUGACCUCUGACCUCGACUUUGACGAGCUGGCGUCGGAGCGGAGUCGGCCCGACGGGGGCUCCAGCACCGACGAGAGUUGCCGCGACGCCGUCGUGACCAGCGUAAGUACCCGCAAGGACGGCAAGCGGCAAAAGCACCGGCCCAAAUCCUUGACCUUGUCCCGCUCUCACAGCCACACCUCCUCAGACGAGGAGGACGGGGCCGGGAGCGGCGACCGGAAGUCUGAAACCGAAAGUAGCGAGGCCAAAGAGAAGACAUCCGCCCCGGAGGUGAAAACGAAAGUAGGAUCCACCGCGGGGAAAACAAACGCGCAUCAGGCGGUCGCCCCUGCGCAUGCGCUGACGACGUUUUCGGCGUAUUUGUCGGCUGAUCAAAAGACGAAAAAACACCCGCCUUCUGCUGAGGAUUUUCCCGCCGAUGCGCCUUUCUCAGCCACGCAUGAUUUAACAGACAGCCAUGCUAUAAAUAGCCCGACGCCUCCUAGAAGCCCCAGCUGGAGGGAGGGCCUCGAGAGCCCGCCAUUUUCCCCCAGGAGGAGGGAUUCCUACCCGGGGAAGAGGCGAGGGUCCCUCAGUCCGAAAGAGCAGAAGAAGAACCAUUUCACCUACACGGAUAUCUCCCCGCCGUCCCGACAGCUCUCCCUGGAGGAACUGUACGGAGACUCCACGGUGCAGACGAUCUUGUUAGACAACGGCGUGACGGGGUCUCAGGCGCCCCAGAAGCCGUCCCCCAUCUCCCCCGACCAGAUCAAGGACUCCAUCCUGACCAUCAUGGGCGAGACGGUGCCGUUCGACAUCCCGACGCCCCGGGCCAAGCCCCCCACCAGCAUCAGCACGCAGCCCCACCAUAACGACUUCCAGCCCACCUUCUCCAUGUCGCACUCCGCCCCCGUCAUGGAUCUGGCCACCUACGCCGCCACCAUCGCCAACAGCACCGCCAACCUGACCUGCAUGAGCGUCUCGCCGCCCAACCUGCUACCUCACGCCUCCUCCCACCUCGGCAUGGGGGAGCCCCUCAGCCCCGACUCCAGCGCCGACUCCAGCUGCUCCUCCCCCGUCUCCCCCGGUUACUAUGACAACGCCCAGCCGUCCACGGAGGACAUUGAGGACGUGGAGCUGGCGGACCCCUCGGCCAAAUCCAUCGACUUCCAGGGGUCGAAACGACAGAAAGCCCGGCCGCCAUCGACCGACUGGUCACCUGUGAUUGACCUCUCCCCCAUCCUGGACGUGUCCCCCUCCGUGGAGGAGGCCGAGCAGGAGGACAUGUUGGCCAAACAGAUGGAGGAACUCGAGAGACAGAGGUCCAUCAACGCCGCCGAUGACGAGUACGACGACGACUCCGGGCCAGCGACGGCCAAAUCUUUCUUCGAGGCCAAACCCACCCCGCCCAUAAAGCCGCCCCUGCCGUCAGUCAUCCCCCGCAUCCCCCCUCCCCCGUCCGCCAAAAAGCUGAAGCAGCAGCUAAACGAGGAGUACGACGACUACGACAACGACGACAACGACGGGAUGGAGGAUGAGAGCUUCACCUACAGCAGCACGCUCAGACGCUGCGGGAACUUCGAGGACAUCAGCAGACUAGGAAGUGACGUCAAGCACGUGUCAGACCUGUCCGACAGGCUAGCAGACGACAUCGACAUACACGACGCGGCCAGCGACGCCCCGUUUUUCUCCUGCACCAGCCAGACGACCACCCUCCCCCAUUCGGCGCCCUGCAUCAGCACCACAGUUUCAGCAUUCCAGCCGCCCCUCAGGCAGGGGGCGCUGACGGAGGAACAGGGCUCCAAACACCUCCGUGACUUCGAGGCGCUCAUCACGGACGAGAUUCACAAAAUCGCCGAAGACAUGGAAAACAUCGUCAAACGUGGCGCGGCUAACAUGAAACCCAUCCCGCCGCCCAAACCGAAACGGAGAUUACCCGAUCCGGAACUAGUCCUAUCUCCCCCUCCGGCUUUCUCCUCCUCGUUCGACGGGCCAGACAAGCGGCCCAUCCCCAGUAUAAGGACAGAGAGCCCCAGCGAGCCCGGGAGUAGAGAGGGCUCGUUCGAAGACGCGCCGGCUGGGAAGUUUUUACCCCGGCAAGACUCGGUGGAGAAGAAGAAAGCCAAGGACCUGAAGGCGAAACCCAGCCCCAUCCUCAUCCAGCACAUCGAGGCGGAGGAGCAGUCCGUGUCCCCCCACUACAAGGUCAUGGAGUCCCCACCCACACCGGAGACGAAAAGCAUCAAGCGUGAGUUCUCCGACAGCACGUCCGUCUCGCCGAGCUCCUCCCCUGACCAGGAUCUCUACGCCUUCCCCUCGCCGGUCACGCCUCCGGAUUCAGACUCCUCCCCUCCCAAACCGCACUCCCCGUCCUCCCCGGGCACGGAUUUCGAUGAGGAGUGCGCCGUACGGGAGCUAGAAGAAUCAGUUCGAGGCUCGUACGUCAGCUCCCCCUACAGGGCUGUCAGUCCUUACGACAAUGCCAAGGUCACGUACGCCCCCGUGACCUGCGACACGUCAUACGCCCCACCCAACAAAAUGAUUUACAGCCCGCCCCUCAGGCAGGACCACGCCCCUCAGACAAACUCCGCCCAGCAGGAAGUCGUCCGGCCCCCGAUCUCGCCGCGGAAAAGCAUCCGGAAAUUUGACGAGCAAAAGAUGAACGGCCGGACGAGCCCGCUGUACGAGAACGUUGAGGGCCUGACGACCCAGGACUACCUGCACGAGCAGAAGGGCGCCAGACUCGGGGAGCAGACGACCAAAACUUUAGGCACGGCCAAAGACUUCUCCAGGUUUGACGUCAUUCCCACCAAGAUGGCGCCGCCCCAGCCCACGGAGAUCUUCACCUACCCGGUCAGUGGGGAGUACCCGAGCCGCGCCCGGAGCAGCUCGGCCCCGUUUACCGGCGCCCAGCCCUCGGCCACCCCCGAGCCUCCUCAGGCGCGCCCUCGGUCGGCCUCGGUGGAGGAGGAGCAGGGCGCCACGGGGGAGCGGAGCACCAGCGUCAGGGAUAAGAUACGGGCAUUUGAAGAGCCUCCCGUUCCAAGAAAGAGGAUCAACAGCAAACCGAAGGAGCCGCCUCACCCCGACCCCAGGAGGGAGCCUCGCAGGGAGGCUCACGUCAUGAAAGACAAGCGCACCGACAGCGGCAGUAGCACCAGCAGCAGCGGCAGUAGCGCCAAGACCUCCACCAGCAAGUCGUCAGGUGACGUCACGAAAACCCAGGAGAAGGACGGCUCCAAGGACGGGAAGAAAAUCCGCAGGAAACUUCCGCCCAUCCCGGUGGGGGAAGACCCGGUGCUGGCGCCGAAAUCAAAGAACAGGAGGCCGAAGGCGCCGGUGAAACGCAGCGAGGGCGUGGACCAAGAAGACGAGGGGUCCGUGGUUAUGACGACCCCCGCGAGGGUCGUGCUGUACCCGGGGGCGACAGCCGUGGACAGUGGGUACAUCGUCGGGCCGAGUAACCGGGUUCAAAGGUCAGCAGCGCGAGACAGCGACGACUCCAUGAACGAGGAUGACAUGGAGGUCGCCAGACUGACGACUGUAAGAAACGCGCUGCUCUCCCCUAAGAAGAAAACUAUUUUAGCUGACACGGGAAAGUCGAAGAGCCUCGAUUCCGCUGAGUCUUCGAGAGCGAGGCUGGAAAAGGCGGAGAGCGAGUCUAGAAGCAAACCCCCCAUGCAGAGAACGGCCUCGCUAGGCUACGGGCCUAAAGACGAAACGGACGAGAUUAUCGACUCGUUGAUCGACAUCUACGGCAUACCGUGCACGGAGGCGAUGAAGUGUCUGAAGAAAAGGCUACAGGAGGAGCUAAGACGGGUCACCAAGGACCGGAAGCGGAAACUGGAGGAGCUGGAGGAAAUCCGCGCCCUGCAGAUGCAGAUCGGGGCGCUGAAGAUGGAGUCGGACGCCUACGCCCGGGGUCGGGCUUACGCCGGCAAGCGUUCCCCGGCUCAGCUGUAUCAGGAUACCCAGCAGGACAACCGGAAGCGGAGUGCGCCGUCCCAGUCUGCGGCGUCAUCGCUGACGCCGAGAUCCUCACCGCAGGUCACGCCCAGGCGUCAGCGUCACAAGCGUCAGUCGUCGGAUCCGAUGAUCUCAAAGUUCUCGCCCAUCAAAGAGGAUAAAGACAUCGAGGCCGACUUCCAGACUCGGCUCCACGAGCCGGCAGACAGCCGGUCGCUGAAAUACCACACGGACGACAGCUCACAAUCCGGGAUUAGCGACACGGAGAGCACGCGCUCCGAACCGGUGCGUGACGCGCGCUACAGCAAGAUUAAACCCUCGGACUACGCUCGGAUUUUCUACCAGCAAAAAAGUGGAAGCGCCGGCUCGGCGGAGCGGCUCCAGUACUCGGAUUACGACCAGAGCAUGUACGACCGUGUCGUCCAGCCGCUGUCCGGCAGCCGGUCGGAGCAGCAGCUGUCCUCCAACAACAGGGUGCCGGUCUACUACUCGGACGACGAGGAGUCAAAGGUCAGGGAGGAGAAGAAGGCCCUGCUGCAGUACGAGAUCAUGAAGCGCAAACAACAGCUGGAGGAGACGGCCAGGCUCAAGAACGAGCUGCUGAAACUGGCCAGGGCGAGACAGAGCAUGGCUCACAGCUACGACGACAUCCCGCGCCAAUAUGGCAGCCCUGUCGCCCCGCACAGGCCCGUGCCCCGGGGCAUCAUUAAACCCAUCGAUGACGAGUCCCAUCUGGUGUACGAGUCGGGUCAAAGGUCGAGAGACCAUUCUAAACACAGGUCACGAGAACAUUCCAGAGAGCGCUCGCGGGAGAGGUCGAGCGAGAGGAGGGAUGAGAGAGACCUGGAGCUGGUGAGGGUCCGGGAUGACCCUAUCGAUACCAUAGUCAUGGAACAUCGGGGUCGCGACCCCCGCCGGCGUCAGCACAGCCACCACCAGCUACCCCCUCACCAGCUCCCCCCUCACCAGCUCCCCCCUCACCAACUGGCCCCUCAGGACCCCAAAGUUAUCUCCAACUACAGCUCCACCGAGUACCUGGCCCACAAGCAGGAGUCGGCCACCCGGCGCUACAUCGACGAGCCGGUCCAGUACGGGUCUCAGGGCUGGAUCGCCGGGGACUACCCCAACGAGACGCUGGCCACCGCCCAGGCCUACUCCCAGCCCUCGCUCAGCAAGAGGGUGGACUCGGCCCAGUCGCUGGUCAGACGAGAGGCCGCCAAGAAAGACCCUGGGAUCGUGUCCAGCGUCACACUGCCCAACAUCUACGCCAACAGGAUAGACAGGGACUUCCGGCCUGUUGGUCCUUACAGAGACCCCAACUACAUCAGCACAAGUAUCUCCGACACUGACGGUAGCCCGGCUAGUGACAUCACGCCGGCGAUGCCCCUGUUGGAUGACGUCAAAACCAAGUCCCGGACGAUCAUCCGCAAUAUCGGCAGCGGCAGUCGGCCGGUGUCUGCUGAGUUCAGUGCCGGUGAAGUAGAAGAUCUGCUCAAUGCUAUGUAUAGAGUGGAGAGUGACAACAGUGUCGAUGCUGAUGAACCAAUCAUGAAACAUAUGACUGAAGGAGGAGUGACUAUUCUCAAACAAAUUGACAGAAAAAGACGACCAGCACCAGUCGAGCCACAUAAAUAUGACUUUCCAGUUAAAAGAAUAUUGGUCACAAGGGAUGCUAAAGAUAAAUCUAUAACAGGCAAUGGUUUAGGUAUGAAGAUUGUUGGAGGUAAAGAAAUUCCAGGUACUCAUGAACUUGGUGCCUAUGUUACUGCUAUAUAUCCCAUAAUUGCUGAUCAACUUCAUGGGGAACUAGAUGUGGGUGAUCAGGUUCUAGAGUGGAAUGGAAUCCAUUUGACGGGUUUGUCUGCUGAUGAAGUCCAGGACAUCAUAUCUCAAACUAAUGGAGAAAUAGAAAUGGUAGUCAGAGCUCAAACCAUUCCAAUUUUGUUGACGGACUUGGUGGCACAGCCUGAGAGUUGCAGAUCAUCAUAUGAUAAUUUGGCACUGCCAACAUAUGAGGAAUCAGUGAAGGAGCCAUCACUACAGAGGCAGAGGACCGGGCCAGCUGCAAGCAGGCAGGGUGUGGACCCUCGUCAACUUGCUGCUCAGCUGGAGGGGAUACGCGAGGCUGCCUCGCCUGCUGAGAAUUCCCCGAGCUCCUCCCACCAGGAAGUAGCGACACCGUCCGUGUCAUCCCCAUGUAGUACACCUAGAUCAGAUCCCACUAGUACCUCAUCCGACAGACAGCAACGCCCGCCCUCAGGAAGUGCCGAUAAAUCUGAAAAAAAUGUAGAUAGUAGACAGUCAACAGAUCCCCACUCCAGUAGAAGAAGACGUAGAAACUCCCCCAACCCAGAGAAAAACUUACAGCAGCAGCAGCAACCAUCUCCGAAGAGGCCUCAGCGCCAUCAGCCUCAGCCAUCUUUGUAUAAUCAACCGCAACAACAGCUUCCAUCAUCAUCACCCCCGCCACCAUACACCGCCACCCAAACCUCAGCUCCGCUUCAAAACAGUUCAGCCAACAUGGAUGUCUUGCCAGCAGAGAGAGCUCCCUCAAGAAGAAGAACAGAAAGAAGAAAACAACAAGAUCCUUCUCCUCCGCCAUUACCUACCGCCACCCAAGAAAAGCCCCGCCCUUCUAUCACAUUUGAUGAACCAAACAAUGGUACUUGCUCAAGCCCCGCCCUCAAUGACCGUCUCAGGGCAUCCCCACCCCUUGACAUGAGACGAUCAAUCAAGACUCGGCCUUCAAAAAAAGGAAAAGAUAAUUUUGUUUUUCCUGCCAAGGCACCCCAGGAGCCUGAACGUGGGGAAGACUUUGGUUUAGGGGAGAUCCAGUUACAAAUCAGCCAUGAUGAUUUUGACAACACGCUCAAUGUACAUGUGAUCCAAGCAAGAAAUUUACGUCCCCGAGAUCUCAAUGGGCUCUCUGAUCCUUUUGUAAAACUAUACCUCUUACCUGGCAGGGGACCGGAGAAUAAACGCCGCACAAAACAUAUUGCACGAACUUUAAAUCCAGAAUGGCACCAAACUGUCAUGUUUCAAGAUGUGGCUCGGCUGGAACUUCAAAACAAAGUACUGGAAAUCACAGUGUGGGACUACGACAGGUUUAAAGCCAAUGAUUUCUUAGGUGAACUCAUCAUAGAGCUCAGAGAAUUUGCCUUUCUUGACAACAAGCCCCACUGGUACCCUUUAAAAGAACAUGUAACAAUGCAAAGCUUUGAACUUCCCAAGUCCACUGUGGCACCACCAAAGCCUUCAGAUAAUGGCAAGCCCAAGACAAAAUCUCCAAGACAAGGAAAAAAACAUGGGGUAUCAUCUUUGCAGCGCCCUCAAGAAAGUCUAGAAAAUGAUACAGAAUCUCAGAGAAGGCGUUCCUUGGGAAACCUGGCUGGAAAUGACACCCCUGAUAUGGUAGUUCGGCAAAUCGUCACAUCUUUCCUGUCUUGCUUUCGCUUCAUACACCCAGAACAGGUACUAAUGAAACGUCGACUCCGCGUGAAAUAUCCUCUGCCACAAAUUCCCCAGUCCCACCCAGAAGGCCGAGAGGCACCAAGUCUCCAAUUAAAACGAGAUCUAAUGGAUUGUUAUACAGAUGAUGAAGACGUGGAUGAUAAUUAUGAUAAAGUUUAUUUUUAGAUUUCAUUUGCAGCUACUUUUUUUAGUGAUGCAACAGUAGGUUUUCACCCAUGCUUACAAGUUGUUUGAAUGUAUUGAUAGUGAUCAGCUGUGAUCAAACUGUUAUGGCUGUGAAGAUUUGCAUUAUGUUAAAUUGGAUAUUUACAUAAACUUUAUUUACAUAAAAUUUUUAUGUUUGUUAGUGAUAAGUAAGUAGACAAUUUAUUUAAGGAGUUAAAUUGUAACUGAGUACCCAUAAUUACAGCCUCUUGCUUCAAAGCUCCUUAAUAAAGUCACUGCUAGCCUGAAAGUCUCUGGUUCAGAACCAAGGGGGUUGGCAUGGUCGGACAGGUAAAGUUCAUGGUUGCUAAGCCGAAAAGUCCAGAGUUUGAACGUCGGAGUAGAUGAGGCUUGAUAGCUGAGGGCGGCAACCAAUCUAGGAGAGAAAACUCUAAAAUAAAAUAAUUUCUGCCUUUUAGUUUGUUCUUGGAUGGACGAAGGCUAUGGAAUCAAAUCCAGUAAGAAAAGCAGGCUGAAAUCUUGAGUCAAGAGGCUAUAUAUGACACAUAAAAUGUUUGCUGAUAAUACCUAAUUUUUUGGAGGAAAUCCCAACAUUACCAUAAAAUGAAGGUCCCAGCUAUGUUAAUGUCCAUCCAGCUUUAAAUUUGUACCAGACUGUUGGAGAAGGCUGAAGGUGGGAGGGUAUUUUAAUAGACCAACUAUCCUUCAUAUGCCAAGUUUACAGAAACUCGUUACUGUUAGGUCCAAACGGGUAUCUAUUACUGUUAGUAUUGAAGCAUUUAUUUAUUUAAUGUACUUCUAAAUUAUGUGAAAGAUUAGAUUAACAUCACAGCACUUCAUUAAUUUUAAUGAAUAAUCCCUCUAUAUAAAAUAAAAGAUUCUCUGUAGAGUCCCUUUAAACAUUUGCUAGCAAUUUCUGAACUAUUUUUAACUAUAUAAAAUGGUUUGCCAUUUUUUUGUUGUGAAUAACAAUUUCCCGAAAUAUGAAAUGUUAACUAAAACUUGUGGCAUAUUCUUCUGGUAACUCACCAAAUGUAAAAGGAUAUUGGCUAUGAAAUGUCUUCCAUUAAAGGUAAUGGCCCACUCAUCAGCAAACUUCCAGUCAUAUCAGUGGACAGUUGCAGAAAUAUCAUUGGAGAUUUUUCAAAAGCAAAACAAAAAGUUGCUUCUUUCACUACUACAAAAACUCACCAAGCGCCUGACAUUUGUGAUACACAUAGCAAGAAAACUAACCUAGCCCAUAUGUUCACUAUUCAUGACUGUUUUAAAAGUUUGCAAAGGACAUUUUCAUAAUCACAUUUCAAUUUACAUUCAUAUCUUGACACACUGUAAUCCUGUUAUUUUGAACAGCAUAUAGCCAUUCUGAAAGACUUGUAAUUUAUAACCAAGUACUAGGCAAAUUGGUUGCUUAAAAACCAAACCUUAAUGCUGACAUUUUUCACACAUGUUGAAGUCAGUGUUUUAUGUCUUUUGAACUGUCACAUUUUUCAACAUGGCACAAGUGAUAUCAGGUGUGCAUAUACUUAAGUAUCAAUUUUUUGGGGUUGUGAAAAUUGUGAUAUUUCACUGUAGUGCAUUUCUGUACAUUUGAGGAUCUAGAUUAGUAAAGCAGGACUGAAUUGUUUCCAGCCCUGUUCUACUGAGCAAUAGCUGUGUAACAAUUUGGAGAAAUUUACUUGAAUACAACUUAUGAAAACAUCAAUGAUCCACUCAUGACUGAUAUUUGUAUACUAGUUAGUUAAUUUGUAUACAUUUUUGCUAUUUCACAAUAGCCGUUCUUUGUCCCAUGUAUAUAUAAAUCUUACAUUUUAUGUGAUCUAUAGAACUUAAAAUUAAACAAAAAAUACAGUUCAUGUCUAGACUGAAAGUUUGUCAAGAUGUUUACUAGUGGGAUUAUAGAAGUAAAACAAAAUCAUUCAUCAAGUUUGUGUCUUUAUUCAAUAAAAUAAGGUGAUUAAAAUGAACUGUGUCAAUGAUUAGGGGGAAAUGACAUGCCCUAAGACUCUUUGUAUUAGGUACAGGAAAAGUGCAUUAUCCAACUACUAAAAACUAAUGACAGAAAAAAAUCUUUAGAUAGGUAAUUCCAGUUUCCCAUAAAUUGAUUACAUGAUACAAAUGCUAAUAUUUGGCUGGCAGUGAUGAGCCUAAACAAACCUAAACACUUCAAAAAAAAAAAUGAAAA